GAAACGGUCGCGCGGCGAUGACGUCGCGGAGGGCUGGCCGGGCGUCGCGGUCUCCGGAGAUGGAGGAAAAGGAGCUGUUGCGGCGGCAGAUCCGCCUCCUGCAGGGUUUGAUCGAUGACUACAAAAACCUCCAUGGCAAUGCACCCGCCCCAGGCACCUCGGCCACUUCCCGGUGGCAGCCACCGUCCUACGGCGGCGGCAGGACUUUCGGCGCUCGCUACCCGCGUCCCAGCAGAAGGGGCUUCUCCCCCAGCCACGGGCCUGCGUGGCGCAAGAAGUACUCCCUCGUGAAUCGGCCCCCGGCGUCCGUGGACCCACCUGGCGACAGUGCUGCGCAGCCAGCCCCCGGGGCCGGGGGCAGUCGGGAUCCUGACCCCCAGCAGUGUGUCCUGGAGAGGCAGGUCCAGCUCAGUUCAGAUCAGAGCAUGGUCAUCAAAAUCAAGCCGCCAUCCAAGGCCGGGUUGGCUAGCGCUGCAGGGCCCUCUCGGGGCUCUUCGGAGGAAUGUGAGGACCGGCCCUGGAGCAACCCCAGGCCUCGGGAAGGGGAGGGUGAGCCCCCUGGUGGGCAGCGGCCGCCCUCGAAGCCAGGAGGAGCCAGGGGGACCUGCGGCCCAGAGGACCCCGUCCUGGUCUGCCAGAAGGAGGCCGGCAAGCCCCGGGUGGUGAAGUCCGUGAGCAGCCUAAGUGACAGCCCCUCUGAGUCCCGGCGGACCGUCAGCGAGAGUGCCCUUUCCGCCAGGGCCCGCCUCCUGACUCCCACCCAGUCUUCACGCAGUGGCACGGGCCUGGCCCGGAAGGGGGGCUCUCUCCCUGUGGCCCGCUCUGCCGCGCAGCUCCUUGGGGACGGGAGAGUGGACGCCGGCCACCCAGACCAGCCAGCUGCCUCUGGCUCUGUGGCGGGCUCCGCCAGACCGGCUUCCGGACCCAGGCAGGCCCGGGAGGCCUCACUGCUUGUGUCCUGCCGAACCAAGUUCCGGAAAAACAACUACAAGUGGGUGGCUGCUUCAGCAAAGAGUCCCCGGGCCCCCCGGAGGGCCCUCAGCCCCAGAGUGGCUGCAGAGAACACGUGCGUGGUCCCCUGUGGCGCAGCCGAGCGCGUGGAGAAGCCGCAGCCCAGAGCGGACCUGGACGCGAAGCCCAGGAGGUCGGCCCCCCCCAGCAAGUACAAGUGGAAGGCCGCCAGCCCCUCAGCCUCGUCUUCCUCCUUCCGUUGGCAGUCGGAGGCUGGCAGCAAGGACCGGGCAUCCCAGCUCUCUCCAGUCCCAUCUCGGUCCCCCCCCGGGGACACACCGGCAGUGGGACCGAGUGGCUUGAAGCCGCUCUUCAGUGAGACCCCAGGGCUCUCGGCUUACAAAGUGAAGAGCCGCACCAAGAUCAUCAAGAGGCGGGGGAGUGCUAACCUUCCGGGGGACAAGAAGAGCAGCCCCCCACCCGUCGCCACUGCCAGGAGCCAGUUCAGCCUGCGCAGGAGGCAGACCCUCCGCGGGAAGAGCAGCCCCCUUCAGAAGAAGACCCCCACCAAGGGCCCGACGCAGGUCACCAGGCAGCGGCUGUGCGGCCUGCCGGCUGGCGGGGCCCACCCCCCCACCAAGGAAGCCGCCCGCCCGAGCAGCCUGCGGAGCCCUCCCGCCAGCAAGGUGAUCCGGACCCGGUACCGCAUCGUCAAGAAGACCCCAGCGUCGCCUCUCAGCACGGCCCCCUUCCCCCUGUCCCUGCCUUCCUGGCGGACGCGGCGGCUCUCCCUGUCCAGGUCCCUGAUGCUGAGCCGCCUGCGCCUCGCCCGUGGCGGGGGGAGAGCCCAGCCCGGCCCCCCGCGGUGGCGGGACAGGGGCUACCGCUGCAUCGGAGGGGUGCUCUACAAGGUGUCGGCCAACAAGCUCUCCAAGACGGACGGCCGGCCCGGCGGCGAGGGCGGCAGCAGGCCCCUCCUGCGCGCAGGCCGGUCCGACCCCGCCAGCAGCUGUAGCCGUGCGCUGGCCAGCCGGGCCGUGCAGCGCAGCCUGGCCAUCGUGCGGCAGGCCAGGCAGAGGCAGCGCCGGGCGGGGCAGGAGUACUGCACCUACUACAACCGCUUCGGCAGGUGCGGCCGCGGCGAGCGCUGCCCCUACAUCCACGACCCCGAGAAGGUGGCCGUGUGCACCAGGUUCGUCCGGGGCACGUGCAAGAAGACAGACGGGACCUGCCCCUUCUCCCACCAGGUCUCCAGGGAGAAGAUGCCCGUGUGCUCCUACUUCCUGAAGGGCAUCUGCAGCAACAGCAGCUGCCCCUACAGCCACGUCUACGUGUCCCGGAAGGCGGAGGUCUGCACCGACUUCCUCAGAGGCUACUGCCCGCUGGGCGCCAAGUGCAAGAAGAAGCACACGCUGCUGUGCCCCGACUUCUCCCGCGGGGGCUCUUGCCCCCGGGGCGCCCAGUGCCAGCUGCUCCACCGCACCCGGAAGCGCCUCGGCCGGCGGGCAGCGGCGUCCCCGGCCCCCGGGCCCGGCAGCACGCCCUCCAGGAGCAGAGCCUCCGCCAGCCACGGGUCCAGGAAGUCCUCGGCCGCCCAGCACCCGGCCCGACAGUCGUCCAGCUCCCCCGCCUCUGCGGCCGCUGGCCCGGCCCCCCCGCCCUCCUCCGCACGGGUGCCAGCUGCAGCCGCAGCCCCGCCCUCGUCCUCCAAGGCCCCCUCCUCCCCCUCCUGCUCCCCCUCCCCCCCCUGCGCCCCCUCCCCCUUCCUUCCCUUGGACCAGGAGGAGCCCUCCCUCCAGGAGAAGGCGGCCUCGGCACGGACCGGCUCCGGCGGCCUCUCCAGGCUGCCCGCCUUCAUCUCCCUGCGGUCCUCGCCGAGCCCCGGCGGCCGGCCCGGGGCCCCAGCCUCCAGGAGCCCCCCCACCAAGGACUCAGGGAAGCCGCUGCACAUCAAGCCCCGCCUGUGAGCCCGGCCCGGCCUCAGCCCCGCGUGCCCACCGGAAGGAGGCUGCGCCUGCUGCCGUC